AUGGCGAUUACCUGUAAAACUAUAUUAAAAAACUGUGGUAAAAUCUUUUGGAAUUUCCCAAGGGCAUGUUUAACAGGAUUCCUUUUUAAUUUUGCAAAUUAUUUUUAUUGGCUUGUUGUACCUUUAAUUAUGAACGAUAAAGGUGGUUCAACUUUUGAUUUAUCUUUAUUACAAACUGUUGGGUUUAUUAUAUAUGCAGUAUUAACACCAAUUUGUGGUAAAAUUGGUGAUAAAUUUAAUCCAUACAUUGUGAUUAGAAUUGCCUUUGUAUUCUUUAUUAUAGCUGUUGCUGUUAUUUUGAUAUGGCCAAGUUCUAUUGCUGCAUUAUAUGUAUCAGUUUGUAUUUGGCCGUUUUGUACUGGAUUCUUUUGGCCUGUUACAACAGGAACAGUUGGACUUGAAGCCCCUUUAGGUCACGAAAAUAGGAACACAUCACUAUAUCAAGUAUGUUGGUCUGUUGGUAAAGCCUUUGGAUUUUUAUUUGGAGGGAUGUUAAAAAGUGCAUUAGGAAUUAAUUCUCUUUAUAUAUGUAUUGGGCUUGUAUUAAUUAAUAUGGUAGUAUAUCCAUUUUCUCAUCCUAAACGUGUUAGAGAGAAAUUAAAAAAAUUAAAGGAGGACAAAAAGAAAAAUGAAAAGGAAGAUAUUGCAGUUGAUAUAGAUGUAAUUAAAAAAGCUGAAGAGCAACCAAAUAAAAGUGUUGAAAUUGAAAUGACAAAAGAAGAAGAACCAGCUGAUAUCCAGGUUCCAAAAGAUUUAGUAGAAACUCCAAAACAAAGUAUUGAAUUACCACGUGAAGAAAAACCAAUUAAAAUUAAAUGGACUAAAGAAGAAUUUAAUAACAAAACAUUUAUUUAUCUUGGAUAUAUCAUGCAAUGUGGUAUUUAUGGUACAUCUGCUGUUCUUUCAAAUAUGUAUGUUAAAUUAGCUCAAGACCAAGAUGUUCGUACACCAACAAAAGGAAUUGAUAUGUACAUUGGUAUUAUAUUCUUCUUUUAUUUCCUUGCUCAGACAUUAGUUAUGGUAGUAAUGUCUUUAACUAUGAUUUGGACAUAUAAAAGGAUUUUCUUCCUUAUUUUCCAAUUAUUCUACAUUAUUAUGUUAAUUGUUUUUGGUGUUUCAAGAAAUGCAUAUGUAAAUUGGUUCUUGGCUUUUGUAGGUGGUUUAGCUGGUGGAUUUGCAUAUCAAACAUCAACAUAUUAUUCAAUGAGAGCAAGUGAAGCAAGUAAAUCAAUGUUCAUGGGAAUUAGUGAAUGUGUUAGUGGUCUUGGUAACUCACUCUUACCUUUAGUGAGUGGGUUAUUAUGUACUUAUCUCAACAAUAAUUAUAUACAAAUCUAUAUUUCCAUUGUCUGUAUUCUUUUAUGUCUUAUUCUUGAAGAAAUUGUCUAUCAUGUUGGAAUGUUUAUUAAUGGAAGACGUCAAGCUAAACGUGCUGAUCCAACAAAUCAAGAUUUUCAUUAUGAACAUCCUGAACAAAAUCAAGAACAUAAAGUUCACCAAAAUCAAGGACCAGAUGACCAUGACGUUGUUCAAACUGAUAAAGAAUAA